AUGGCACCGAAGCAGGCGACCCUCGGCAAGUUUUUCGGCGCAAAGGGUGCGCCGCCGCAGCAGCAGACCAAGCUGAGCUUUGCCACCAAGGCGAGAGCCGAGCCAAAGGAUGAGCCUGUGGAGGGCGACGGGGAGGGCGACGUGAGCGCCAAGGAAAAUGCCGACCCAGACAAAGACUCGAAGAAGCGGUUACGGGAGUCGGACAAGAAUGGAACUUCCAAGAAUGAGAGCGAGGAUGAGGAUGCCGCACCGGUUGCCAAGCGGGCGCGACGCUCACGUGUCAAGAUCGAAGACGAUGAUGACAGCGCCAUGGAGGACAAGCCGGACAUCCAGGAGAAGCCAGCAGCGGUGAAGAAAGAGAGGUCGCCGAGUCCUCAACGCAAGGCUAAACGAGCCAAAAGCCCCCGAGCAAAAAGUCCUCGCUCGAAAAGUCCGCCGCCAAAGGCUGCCCAGCCGAAGGAGAAGGAAGAGCAUGAAGACGACGUCAAACAGCAGUCGGCCAGCGAAUCUGCGUCCGAUGCAGAAGCGGAGAUCGAAGCGGAGGAGGACGAAAAGCCCGAGGUUGCCGCGAAGGCACGAGAGAAGAUCCAAACCCAGCUCAAGGCUAAGGCGAACCAUCCAUACCCGGAUUGGAAAGCGGGAGACCCUGUUCCUUACGCAGCACUAUGUCAGACGUUCUCUUUGAUCGAGAUGACGACGAAGCGGCUAGUGAUUAUGGAGCACUGUGCGCUUUUCCUCCGACAGGUCAUGCGGCUGACCCCCGACGAUUUGCUGCCCACGGUGCUUCUUAUGAUCAACAAGCUUGCCCCCGACUAUGCCGGUAUUGAGUUGGGCAUUGGCGAGUCGCUCAUCAUGAAGGCCAUUGGCGAGACCACCGGCCGCAGCCUGCAAGUCAUCAAGGCAGAUCAGAAAGAUAUUGGCGACUUGGGCCUUGUUGCCGUGAAAAGCAGAUCGACGCAGCCGACCAUGUUCAAGCCCAAGCCCCUAACCGUGCGUGGGGUUCAUCAGGGACUGAUGAACAUUGCGACUGUCACCGGCAACGGCGCCCAGGGCAGAAAGGUGGAUGGGAUCAAGAAGCUCCUGUCUGCGGCGGAUGCCCGGUCUACAGGCAAGGUGGACAUCACGAAAGACAAGGGUGGGCCGAGCGAAGCCAAGUUCAUUAUCCGGUUCCUCGAGGGCAAACUUCGACUCGGCCUUGCUGAAAAGACGGUGCUCGUCUCCUUGGCACAGGCGAUCGUUUGCCACGAGGCCGAUCAAAAGGGCAAGGUCCCGAGCACAACAGACCUCGAGAAUGGCGAGUCAAUUCUCAAGACGGUUUACAGUGAAUUGCCGAGUUACGAUGCCAUUAUUCCUGCAGUUUUGGAACAUGGUAUCAAGAACCUUCGAGACAAUUGCAAGCUUCGCCCUGGCGUGCCGUUGAAGCCCAUGUUGGCCAAACCCACAAAGGCCAUCACAGAGGUUUUGGACAGAUUUGAAGGCCAAAAGUUCACUUGCGAGUAUAAAUACGACGGCGAGCGGGCUCAGAUUCACUACGUCGCCAAGGACGCACCUCAAGAGCUAAGCCAAGAAACCGCCGGUGCCUCCAGAGAGGCAGCAAGUGGAGUUGCAAGCAUCUUCUCCAGAAACUCCGAAGACCUGUCAAAGAAGUAUCCCGACAUUCUUGCCAAGCUCCAUACUUGGGUCAAGGACGACACGAAGAGCUUCGUGCUCGACUGCGAGACCGUCGCCUGGGACAUUCACGAGAAAAAGGUGCUGCCGUUCCAGCAGCUAAUGACGCGCAAGAGAAAAGAUGUCAAGGUUGAGGACGUCACGGUCAAGGUUUGCGUCUUUGCUUUUGACCUUCUCUAUCUGAACGGCGAGCCUGUUGUGCAGAAGGCCCUUUCUGAGCGGAGAGAACUGCUGCACCAAGCGUUCGUCCCAGUCGAGGGCGAGUUUUCGUUCGCGACGUCCAUGAAUGGCCAGGAACUUGAUGAGAUCCAAGUCUUCUUGGACGAAAGUGUGAAGGCCUCGUGCGAGGGACUCAUGGUGAAGAUGCUGGAGGGCACUGAGAGCGGAUACGAGCCGAGCAAGCGUAGUCGUAACUGGCUAAAGGUCAAGAAAGACUACCUCUCCGGCAUCGGUGACUCGCUCGACCUCGUCGUUCUGGGCGCAUAUUACGGAAAGGGGAAGCGCACGUCUGUGUACGGCGCGUUCCUCCUUGCAUGCUACAACCCCUCGACCGAAACGUAUGAGACUGUCUGCAACAUUGGCACUGGCUUCUCAGAACAGGUGCUCGAGGAGUUGCAUGCACAGCUUUCGGAGAUUAAGAUUGAUCGGCCGAAGCCAUUCUAUUCGCACUCAUCCGGCGGCCAGCACCAGCCCGAUGUCUGGUUUGAGCCGCGGUAUGUCUGGGAGGUGAAGACGGCUGACCUCACCCUCAGUCCCCGCUACAAAGCUGGUUCCAAGGAGGGGGUGGAUCCCUCGGGUGAAAAGGGAAUCAGCCUGAGAUUUCCACGAUUCAUCAAGUUACGAGACGACAAGAAGCCAGACGAGGCAACCUCGAGCAGACAGGUGGCUGAAAUGUACAGGAAGCAGGAGAGCGUGACGAAGAACAAGGGGCCUUCGGUGGAUGAUGACUUUGAGUAUUAG